AGUGCGAUGAGGUGCAGCCUAUCUGUGGGUCAUGCGCUUUUCGAGAGGAGCAGUGCUCGUGGCCCCCGGCCGCACCCACAACUAGCCAGGGAGCCGCACGGAUUGCUCCGCCUCACCGAGAGAUUGGCUUGCCGCUGUCGGCAUGUCGUCUGCCGGAAUCGCCCACGACUCCAGAGCCAAUCAAUAUGGCGGACAUGAGCCUCCUGACGAGGUUCAUGAUUCACACCUCACCCCGAAUGAGCCUCCACGAGAAGCGCGUACAGGUCUGGCAGCGAGUGAUCCCAGAUAUGGCCACCCGGCGGGAGUAUCUCAUGCAUCUGCUCCUCACGCUCGCCGGCGAGCAUGCGCUCUAUGAGGGCUACGUGUCGAAUUCGAUCCCCCCAGGAACAGAUAACAACCCCCCGCUGCCCCGAAUCGGGGAGCAUGGCGCGCAGCUGGACUACCAUCAAGUCAUUCAACAUCAUCAGAGAGGUCUGGAAGGAUUCCGCAAGGCCUUGGCGGACCUGUCGCCGGCGACGGCCGAGGACGUCUUCUGUGGUUCGCUUUUACUUGUGGCCAUUGCAUUCGCAUCCAUCUCCAUUAGAGACCUAGAUAGCCCGGAGCUGGGCCUGAUCCAUGCCACCGAUCCUCGUACCCCAUAUACGGACUGGCUGUAUCACGUUCGCGGCCUGACGAGUAUCGUUGGCGAGUACUGGUUUACCCUAAAGCUCGGCAGAUUGCGGAGCAUGUUGUCCUACACCUAUGCCACCGGCACCUGGAAGCCUGCUCUGCCGGCCCUUCCGGCAUCCCCGUUCCCACGGCUGGAAACCGGCUCUCCGAUGCUGUCGGUAUUUGCGCAAGGGGCCUCCCACGCUUUGCAGCUGCUGCGUUCGUUCGCAGCCAGAUUAUCUUCCAACCCAACCGCCUUGGGUGACGCCGCCGAGGGUCAUCCCGAAGUAGCCGACGGAUCUCUUCAUGACCAUGUCAACACCAUCGAUAGCUUAGCGGAGAUCUACACGCGCGUUCUACAGGCGUUUCAAUUCUCGCAGAGUGAACGGGACUGCUCCGCAUCUCUGGAUGUCCAGAUGGACCUGGAAGACAGCGCCAUCACCUCGUGGCCGCCGAUGCUGUCAGACACUUUCAUUGCCAGCCUGAAACCCAGCGAGCAAGUGGGUAUUUCCGAGGGGUUCUCCUAUGUGAUUCUCGCGCAUUUCUACCUCACCCUGGCUCUGUUCGAGAAUAUCUGGUAUUUCAACCGGGGUCCUCGCGCGGAGAUCGGAAAGAUCUUCUCCCUGGUCGAGCAGGUGAACAAUCCGGAGCUUUUGGCGCUGAUGACGUGGCCGAUGGCGGUAAUUGGGGGACAUUAACGGUGCUUCAAAUGUAUCAAUUGAGCUGCUACCGUGUAAUGUGAUGGUGUUUAUAUCUAUAAUAAAG